GGCCGGCGGGCCGUGCAGGGCGCGGACUACGCUCGCCAGGAUGCUGCGGGGCGCGUCCGCCGUGCGCAGGCGCGGCCCGGGCAGGCCGGUGUUGUUUUUGACGGCGUCACGGGCGGCCGCCGCUGGCGGCCUCUCGUCCGAGCGGGGCCGCGCUCAGGAGAGGUGACGAACAGGCAGCUGCAGCCAGACGGCUCUUCUGAAAGCAGCUGUCAGUGCGCUGGCACCGCUGUAACGAGUCAAAUCUGUACUUCUGGUUUUUCAUCCUGUUCCUGUACCCUCCAGCGUGCUUUGAAAAUGUCUGAGAGUUCCAGUGACAGUGAUUCAUCUUGUGGCUGGACUGUCAUCAAUCACGAGGGUUCUGACAUAGAGACGGUGACUUCAGAAAAUGGAAGCACAAACGACAACCAUGAGUUUGUUUCAGAAGAAUAUGUUUCUUUGCCAGAAGAGGAGCAACCAAUUGAUUUGCAAGCUCAGUGCAACACUGAUGGAGAGAUACCAGUGGUAGAUAAUACUCUUUCUGCUUUUGAGGAAACUCAGACAGUUCCAGAGGAAAAGAAUGAAAACAUCCCUGAUGAUGGAUUCUGCAUUGGAACUAUUAGCGAUGAUUCUGACAUAGUUACGCUUGAAGCUCCAAAACAAGAAGAAACUCCAAGUCAGGAGGAAGCUCCAGCUGAUGGUGAAGAAGCUCCAAGUUCAGACGAUUUUAACAUGGGUUCCUCCUCUAGCAGUCAAUACGCAUUUUCCCAUCUAGAAACUGUCAGUUGGCUGGAGAAGUUGAGGAAGAUUCCUGAUUGUGUGAGGGGAUGGGGAGAUGAGGUGAAACAGCAUGUGUCUCGCAGUCUUCCUUUCCAAGUUUUUCCGUCUCAGGCUAGCAAUGAUGAAUCGAGCAGUGAUGAAACUGGCAACCAGUGCAGUCCCACAGUGCGAAAACGCCGGGCUAGGAAGAGGCUGGUGUCCAGCUCCGAGGCUGCGGGUGGGCCACCUGCAGAACCCGAGUCCGACCCUCCCAAGGAAGAGCAGCACAAACGCCAGUUCGGCGGUGGCCUUAACAGAUGCAUCAUCCUGGCUUUGGUGGUUGCAAUCAGCAUGGGCUUUGGACACUUCUAUGGUACAAUACAGAUCCAGAAACGUCAGCAGCUGGUGACAAAGACACGUGAAUUAAAGGAUAUGAAAGAUGACCUUUACCAGUGCCAGCACGGGCCAGGAGAUAAAGUGGGGUCACUCAAGGGAGAUCUUGCCACAUGUUUGACCUCUACUGAGGUGGAGAAGAAAUCCUUUGAAUCUCAAAAAAAGAGUCUUGCUGCAGAAAAUCAGCACUUAAGAGAAUCUCUAGAGAAGGAAGAAAAAGCUUUGGCCUCACUUCAGGAAGAAUUAAGGAAGCUAAGACAACAAAUUAGAAACUUAGAAGAUAAAGGUACCAGCACUGAGUCUAUUGUAAUGGAAAAUCAGAAACUAAGGGAACAUUUGGAAGAGGAAAAGCAAAGAAACCACAACUUUCUUAGGCAGAAGGAAACACUCUUUGCAGAAGCACAGAUGUUAAGGAGAGAACUGGACAGAGAACGUCAUGUUACAGAAGCUCUAAAAAAAGAACUGGAACAGUUAAGUUCUCGUCAAACACCCGACAAUGCUGAUGAUGAUGCACGAAGAGAAAAUCAAGAAAUAGAAACUCUGCGAGGAAGACUAGCAGAACUAGAAAAAAAGCUGAACUUUGAGCAACAACGUUCUGACUUAUGGGAGAAGCUGUAUGUUGAAGCGAAAGACCAAACUGAAAAACAAGAAAUGAAUGAAAAGGGACAAAGGAAACGUGCUAAAGGGCAAAGUAAGACUAAAAAGAAAUCAAAGGAAUCGUUUUUUGGUUCUGUUAAAGAAACUUUCGAUGCUAUGAAAAAUUCCACAAAAGAGUUUGUAAGACACCAUAAAGAAAAGAUUAAGCAGGCUAAAGAAGCAGUGAAAGAAAACCUGAAGAAAUUCUCAGAUUCUGUAAAGUCUACAUUCAGGCACUUCAGAGAUACCACAAAGAACAUCUUUGAUGAAAAGAAGAAGUCAAAUGAUAAAAGACAUGAGGCAAACAAGAAAGCUCGAACUUUUUACCGAGAACAUAACUCCUAUGAGAGUCUGAAGCACAUGCAGGACAGGGGAGCUAGCAUGCCAAGAGAGUUCAGAGACGGGAGAAAACACCAGUAUACAACCUUUGAGAAAGAUACAGAUUCACAGAAGUGUCUCCAUGAUCCUUUGUGUAAUAGAAGACAUCACUUUGUCCUAAAGGGCUGCUCUGGUAUUUUUGAAUGUGCUCAUCAAGAAUUCAUUAGUCUCUUCAACAGUGCAUCGGAUCCUAUCAGGGUGGAUGAAUUUAAUCGGCUAAUGAGAAAGUAUUUGCAACAAGUUGUACAUGACUUUCAUCACUGGAGAGAACUAGAAAACUUCAUCAAUAAGUUUUUUCAUAAUGGGGUAUUUAUACAUGACCAGAUGCUGUUCACUGAUUUUGUUAAUGAUGUCAAGGAUUACCUGGAAGAUAUGAAGGAAUACCAAAAUAAUAAUGAAAAGGUUUUCAAGGAUUUGGACAAAUACAUCUACAGAUACUACUUUCAUUAUGAUAAUUUACCCCAAUAUGGACCCAGUCGACCUAAAAGGCCUUCUUUCACGCAAACUGAAAAUUCCAGACAUGAAAAACAAGCUCAGAAGUACCACCACCGUAAUAAAAGAGAAGGUAAAUGGCACAAACAUGGUCGCACUAAUGGAAGACACAUGGCAAACCUUGAAAUAGAAUUGGGGCAAUUACCCUUUGAUCCAAAAUAUUGAAUAAUUUAUGGUAAAAAUAAGAUUAGAAUCAAUAAUUUACAUCUUCUCUGGAAACUAAUUGUUUUUCAACAAGGCAGCAAGAUGCAAGCUUUUUCUUUAAUUUGAUUUUUACACGUUUUUGUUAAAAGGCAGAAGUCAAGCUCUCUAAUUUGCGUAUUCUGUGCUGUUGCUUUAACUGUUCUUUGGAGGUGACAAUAGUUGGGGUGCCAGCAAUAUUGUUCCAGAAACUAGGCGUGCAAUGACUUGUGUAUGAAAAAUAUGCUUAAUUGCAUUCCAUUAGUGUAGUUCAAGCUUGAGUCAUGCAUAAUGUACCAACAAUUAACUGCAAUGUUUGAUAUACUAACUUCAUCUCAUCCUUCAAAAAACAGGACUACGUUUUGGUAAUGUAUUUGUCAGUGUUUUGUAAUCUUCCACUUGCUUCCUGUCUUUAUGGGGGUGGGGGAGAGGUCAGGAGCCUGUUGAAUUGUGAAGAAUUCGCUGUGCUGCAUUCUAAUCAGCUUGCUAAUUUAAGCACUUGAAAUGUCUUGCAUAUCUGCAUAUUGUAGAGGAAAAAUAAAGAGACAUUGUGCAUAAAAGUCUUUAUUUAUAAAACAAACCUAGCCUAGCUGUACAGUUCUAUAAAAAUGGUCCGGUCUUGUCUAAUUUCUUAUUGUUUAAGUAGCCACAUGGUAACUUUGGUCUUACUGCUGCUUUCUCGUGUUGUAAGGUAGGUCAGUACCCCCCCCGCCGUUACUGCUGACGUUGCCUACAGAAAGAGGUUCAGGUGCUUCCAGCCCGUGGCUGCCUAAUCAGCCUUCCCCGUUGGACUUACCCGGUUUCAGACUCACUACUCUCUCCUUUCUGCAGUACAAGAUCUCCUAAGCGUAGUACUGCUGUGCAAAUCUGACCUCAUUAGGUCUUAAGUCUAGAAACCGAUCUUCUGUUGUGAUUCAUUUCAGUUUUUUUCCUGUACACAUAGAUGUGGCUUCCAACUCGUCCUUCAGGCACAUGAGUGUGGAAGACAGUGGCCGUUUUCUCAUAGCCCCUUAAAGCCAAAAAUGAUGAUAUUUCCUGUAAAUGAACAUGCAUAAGUUUCCACAGUCAGGAAGUGUAGUCGGGAGCAUCACAACAGUGUUCUCAACUCCUCUGAAAACCAUCAAUUCAACUGUCUCCUGGAAGUUUUACCCUUUAUUUUAGGAAAGACUGCUAGAAAAAGCGGUACCUAUCCUGUCUGAUCCUGUCCGGAGUGGGUAUUCACCAGACACUGUUGCUUACACAAGUGUAUGGUUCUGGGAACAGACCACACAUUGGUUUUAAUAUGGCUUGAGAAUUCCAUAGAACAAUAUUUUAUAGAAUGUAGAAUUUGCAGAAAGGGCAUACGUGAAUGUUAAGUACCUAGCACUGGAAUGGUAUCUGUACUAUAUUAUGGACUACAGGGUUCAGUUUUCAUUUAAGCUGUGUCUUAGAACGUUAUGGACAACAAUUUUCAAAAAUAUUAACUAUAACUUGCCCUUAAUUAAUUUUGUAACUUGACCUCAAAAGCAGUUUGUUUCAUCUGGCAGUUACCAUACCUGUUCUAGCACGCUGAAGAAGAUCAGGUGGCUGGGUAAUAAUGUAUCAUUGUAGAACUCCUUAUUAAGCCAGUCAAGUGGAUUAGAGUAAAAUGCAUCUGCUUCAUCAAUAUAGCUCUCAUUUCCAGUUAGGUCCGGGGGACACUCGAGGAAUCUCAUUCUUAGAGGACAGUGAACAUGACUAGGGAGAAAAACAAAACAACACACGCUUUAGGAUAAACUGACCGAUAUCUAAGAUAUGAAACUACUCAUCACGUAAAGAUACCUCAGUCAAAGCCAGAUUGAAUGAUUUCCCCCCCACCCCGAAUCACAUUUUCUUCCCUUUUUGUAGUUCUUAUGAAAGCUGAAGUAGAAGUAGUAGAUUUGGCUCUGAACUGUUGUGACUAUGCGGUUGGCAGUUCACAGAAAGCAGAUUUAUCUGAAUUAAAAAUACCAUCUGCGUAACAUUAGUUUCUUACAAAGUUACUUUUCUGUAUCAGCUUCGCUGUUUGUGUCUGCUUCAAUGGUUUGUUUACUUGCCAGGAUCUCUUGCAACCUUUUUGGAAUAGUGAAUUCAGUCAUUGUAUGUUGUAAUUACAUUUCUUUACCAGCAGAAGUAAAGGUAAAAUAGAAUACAUUUUGACUGUAACAAUUAAGUCUUUAGUUUUGCUACAAAAGUUACUGUAAUGAAGCACUAUGAGUUACUUUCAAACAUCCUAAGACUUGCUGCAUAUCCUCAUAAAAAGCUAUUUUACAAAAACUGAAUAAAGCUGAGAUGCUGAAUUUUAUCCUCUGGUAUAAGCAUCUGGCUUAUUUUCCCUGUACAUUCUGUAUUAACUAUAUGAAAAAUCAAAAUUCUUCCUGUAUACAUCUGUCCAUCUCAAUUUAUUAAGCUUAGGGCAAGAAAAAAAUCUUAAUUUCUGCUAAAGUGUCUGGAUUUUAAUGCAGUACGCUGUUAGCUACUUUGAUACCUGUAAAACGGAGUGGAGUGGCAGGGCAUCAUGAAGAAGACGAAGGCCUGGGCCCUGUCGGAGCUCUCGCAGAGCUGCUGUACGUGGCUCACGACGUCCAGGGCGCCGCGCUGGUGGACCAGGCCUGUGUACAGGGCUGGCAGCGCGCUGGACAACAGCAGGAGGCUUGCUGCGGGUUUCUUCCACGUCUUCAGGCGUUUCAAAGAAUAUCC